ACAAGGAACUUUCAGCACCAAGGAAAAGAUACACAGUCUCACAAUGGCAACGGAUGACGUGAUGAUCCCCCAGCACGUGGGCAUCUCUGAAGCGCCCCGCGAUGUUGAAGCCAUCAGGGCUCAGGAAAAGGCUUCAAUCCUGCCAUACUGGAACCCGGACGUUGCUUUCAAACUUGGGUACAACCUUCGCACAAGGCUGCUUACCCAAGAGCGACCUGCUGUUGUCGAUAUUUCCACCAUCAGCACACCGCCCCAUGUGCUUUUCCACGCCGUAACGCAUUCCGGCACAGCGCUGGACAAUGACUUCUGGGUAUCUCGGAAACGCGCAGCCGUCAUCCGCUUCAACGCCAGUACAUGGCGUCUGCAGAACCAGUUUGGUGGUGACGAAGAGGCGUUCAAGGCCAAGUCGGGGCUGGGCGAGACGGCAAAGGAUUAUGCCAUCCACGGCGGUGGAGUACCCGUGUUCAUCAAGAACUGUGACGGCCCUGUUGCCGUGGUUGUCGUGAGCGGCUUGAAGCAGUGGGAUGACCACCAAGUUGUCAUUGAGGAGCUGGGAAAGCUGUGUAAGCAGAUGGAGAGGGGAAAUGGGGAAGCGCCGAUAUAGCUGCGUGUGUAGGAAGUGGAUAGAGUGAAGGGGAGUGAAAGCUUUGUUGUUGUGGACGGGCGAUUACGUAGUACAGCAGGAG